AUGGCAGUGUACACUAAAGACAAACAGAAUGGUGCUAGAUUGGCAGCCCUGCUGAUAAACCAAGGCACAGAUGUUGUCAGAAAGUUGUUUUCCUCCACUUUUCUUUCGAAACUGACACUCUCAUCGCUUUUAACGAAUCAUGAGUCUGAAAUUCGAAAAAUAACCAAUAAAGACCAACACAAGUUACUUUUCCCAGCAAAUCAGGCUUCACUUGACAAAUUUGAUCUAACCCUACUGAUAGGUUUUUUUCGUAAUCUGGGCCAUAGGUAUAGUUUUCCCUACUCAAAAAAACAAAACAACCCACAGACCGGAGAUCAUAGUAAUGCAGCUGAUUUAACUCGGAUAAGACUUUUUAGGAAUAAGUUGUAUGGACAUGUCACAACAACUGGUGUUGGUAAUGAUGAUUUUAAGAAACACUGGAAAGAAAUAGAAAGUGUCCUGAUCAGGCUUGGUGCUGAUAAAACUAGAAUAGAUCAAUUUUUGAAUGACCCACUAGAUUCUGAAAUGGAGCUGAAGUAUAUAGAUAUGAUUAUUGAGCAGUCUAAUAUGGAUGUUGAAGUUAUGGAUCUGGUAAAACAUGUACAUAAUGAUGUUACUGAUAUAAAGAAGGGCAUCAAAAGAAUUGAGAAGCAAGUGAACACCACUCCUCAAGAGCGUAGCAAGCGUGUAAAAAUGGGGCACUCUCUGUUGACAAUGUCUUCACGUCUCUUGACAACAAUUUUAAGUAUGUGUGCAUAUAUUCUUAAUUUAGUCAUGUUAACCGUAUGGCAACGAUUUGUCCCAAUAUCAGAUAAAAAAUUACAAGACGAGUUAAUAGCAGAAUUAGAUUUUCACUAUAAGAGGAUACAAUAUGUACAACCAAUUCCAGGGAAGAGCUGUCCUAAAGUGGAUCUGAAUAAGACUUAUUCUAUUCUCAAAAUGGUUGAUAGAGAACAAAGAGACAGUCUACGAAAAUAUGGGUGGUCAGAUCAAUGGAUGGUAGAAUUGAAAACAGAAGACAAUGAUCUUGAGAAGAUAUUCAUCUCAUCUGAUGAUGCAGAAACCCCACGACGUAUACUGAUUGAAGGGGAGGCCGGUAUUGGCAAGACCUCAUUAUGCAGAAGACUCGCUAGUGAUUGGCGAAGUAAGAAGGACUAUCUUAAAGACAGAUUUAAAUUUAUUCUUUUACUGGAAGGGAAAAAAUAUAGAAAGGGUCUUAAGGAAGCGUUAAGAGAACAGGGUUUGAUAUCUGAAAGUAUUAAUUGUGAUGAAAUGUGGGAAUAUUUGCAUAACAACAGUGAAGACAUACUUUGGGUUAUUGAUGGUUUAGAUGAGCUUUCUAUAUCUAAUGAAA